CAUUCUGCCCUGGAGCCCACCAGGAACGAAAGAGAGAGAUCCAUCUGCCCUCCAGGACCUCAGCUAUGAACUCCCUCUCCACAAGCGCCUUCAGUCCAGUGGCCUUCUCUCUGGGGCUGCUCCUGGUGAUGGCUACUGCUUUCCCUACCCCGGGACCCCUGGGAGGAGAUUCCAAAGAUGAUGCCACCUCAAACAGACCACCACUCACCUCUGCAGACAAAAUGGAAGACUUCAUUAGGUUCAUCCUUGGCAAAAUCUCUGCAUUGAAAAAGGAGAUGUGUGAAAAGUAUAACAAAUGUGAAGACAGCAAGGAGGCACUGGCAGAGAACAACCUAAAUCUUCCAAAACUGGCAGAAGAGGACAAAUGCUUCCAGUCUCAAUUCAAUCAGGAGACCUGUCUGACAAGAAUCACUACCGGUCUUCAGGAGUUUCAGAUACACCUGAAAUACCUAGAGGCCAACUAUGAGGGUAAUAAGAACAAUGCCCACUCUGUGUACAUCAGCACCAAACACCUGCUCCAGAAGCUGAGGCCCAUGAAUCGGGUUGAAGUGACCACCCCCAACCCUACCACAGAUUCCAGCCUGCAGGCUCUCUUCAAGUCGCAGGACAAGUGGCUGAAACAUGUAACAAUUCACCUCAUCCUACGGAGCCUUGAGGAUUUCCUGCAGUUCAGCCUGAGGGCUAUUCGGAUCAUGUAGCCUGGGCAUCUAAGAUUGCUGUAGUUCAUGGGCAUUCCUUUCUCUGGUUAGAAACCUGUCCAUUGGGCACAUAACUUAUGUCGUUCUCUGUGAAGAACUAAAAGUAUGAGCGUUAGGACACUAUUUUAAUUAUUUUUAAUUUAUUGAUAUUUAAAUAUGUUGAGUUAAUUUAUAUAAGUAAUAGAUAUUUAUAUUUUUUAUGAAGUGCCACUUGAAAUAUCUUAUGUAUUCAUCUUGAAAAAGUUAACAUAAAAUGCUAUGCAGCUUGAAUAUCCUCAAUGUUUUGGAGUCAGGUCAUUUCUUGGAAUAUGUAAGUUUACCUCAAAUAUAUGGCUAACUUAUGCAUAUUUUUAAAAGAGAUAU